AACCGCGUUUGAAAGAAGGACGCAAAGACUCAGAAGAUUUUCUGCGGUUAUCGUACUAAAAAUAUACAAUACUCCUGCUGUAAAGUAUUUUAUGAAAAAUCUAGUUUUCGCCGUAAUAUUAAGGGGUGUGCAUUCAUCAACGGUUCUGGUAAUUAUAUUUCGAUAGUUUGUUCCGCAAUGGCAAGCUUAAUGUACAAUCAAUUAAGACAAUGGCAAUUUUUGUAUCUGUUGCUCGUAUCUGUUUCGGAUUUAAUCUGUAAGAAAAUCCACUACUCAGUCCCCGAAGAACUGGAUAUUGGAGCCUUUGUCGGAGAUAUUUCCGCAGAUCUCGGAAUAGAUGCAAAAAUCCUAACGGAGCGAAAAUUACAGAUAUUGUCCGAGAGCAAAACGCAAUAUAUCGAUGUGAACAGAAACACAGGAACUCUUUUCAUAAAGGAAAAGAUAGACCGCGAGCAGCUCUGCGAACAAAGCCUCACGUGCGUAUUGAUACUGGAGGUUGUGCUGGAAAGUCCGCUAACGCUAUAUGGUGUAGAAAUUGAGAUUCUCGAUGUAAAUGACAAUGAACCGGUUUUCCCGAGAAGUGAGCUAAAUCUUGAAAUCUCCGAAAUGACUAUUGUAGGAACGUCUUUCCCUCUCCAGAGCGCGCAAGACCCGGACACGGGAACCAACGGUGUUCGGUCCUACGAACUGAACCCCAACGGGCACUUUGGUUUGAAAUUUCGACCAGGCGGCGAAGGAAGUGGCAACCUAGAACUGGUGUUGCAGAAAUCGCUAGACAGAGAGCAACAAGCCACUUAUCAGUUAACACUUACCGCGUUUGAUGAAGGGCAUCCCCGAAAGAUUGGGACCAGUCAAAUUAAAAUUACUGUUGUUGAUAUGAAUGACAAUGCUCCAAUUUGCGAACAGAAAGUGCAAGAAAUUUCAAUUACGGAAAACAUCCCCGAUAAUACAUUAAUAGCGAAAGUAACUGCGGUGGAUUUGGACGAAGGAUUAAACGGUAAAAUAGAAUAUUCUUUCCAUAAUGACACUCCAGAAAAAGUGCGGAAGGUAUUUAGCUUGGAUCCCUUAACCGGAGACAUUACAGUAACUGGUAACGUGGAUUUUGAAGAAAUCCAAAUUUAUCAGAUUACAGUGCAGGCCAAGGAUAGAGGCCCACAUCCAUUGUUAGCGUAUUGUAAGAUUGUGAUACUGGUUAAAGAUGUUAAUGAUAACAGUCCUGAAAUAAUGAUAAAGACUAUGUCGAACACUGUUCCUGAGAAUAUUAGCACGAAUUCUGCGAUAGCUUUUCUCAAAGUUUCAGACCGAGAUUCUAAAAAUCCGGCAGAUAUUCUUUGCCAAAUCAACGAUGCUAUUCCAUUUAAGCUUAACACCUCUUUAAGUAGCUUCUACACAUUAGUCACACACGGCGACUUAGACCGUGAAAGUAUGCCAGAGUACAACAUUACCAUUACAUGCACCGAUGCAGGCUCCCCUCCACUGUCGUCCAGCAAGACUGUCCAUGUUCUUGUCACAGACAUAAAUGAUAAUGCUCCGCGUUUCACUCAGACUUCCUUCACAAUGUAUGUCAGAGAAAAUAAUGCCGUGGGAGUUUCAAUUGGUUCCGUAUCGGCCGUUGAUCCAGAUUCCAAUAAAAACAGUCAAAUGACCUUUGUUAUUCUGAAUAAGUUGGUGCAAGGUUUGCCUACGUCAAAUUUCGUCUCAUUAAACGCUGCAAGUGGUGUGAUAAUUGCUGAAAGAUCUUUUGAUUUUGAAGAACUAAAACAAAUUCAAAUCAAUGUUCAGGUAAGGGAUGAGGGAAUCCCCCCUCUCUGUAAUAACGUUACUGUUAAAGUGAUCAUUGUCGACCAAAAUGACAAUGCUCCUCUGAUCGCGUCACCUCCGCCAAAUGCAAACUCUAUAACUGAAGAGACAAUACCGAGGUCUGCAGAUUCUGGUUAUUUGGUGGCAAAAGUGACAGCCACUGAUGCCGAUUCUGGCCAAAAUGCGCAACUUUUCUAUCAACUUCAGCUGCCCACGGAUAAAAGUCUUUUUACCGUGGCUCACGAAACAGGCGAAAUUUGGACCAUCCGUCGUUUUCUGCGUAGAGAUCCCUCCAAACAAUCAAUUGUAGUUGUGGUAAAGGACAAUGGAACUCCAUCCCUUUCAUCUACUGUCAUUAUCAAUGUAUUAGUGCAAGACGAUUAUGCAGACAAACCAUCCAGUCCUGGCAGGUUUCAAAUCCCUAGUCAGUGGCAACAUGAUUUGAAGUUUUAUUUGAUUAUCGCAUUUGGCUCAGCCUCCUUGGUUUUCUUUGUGGCGAUUAUAAUCCUUGGCAUUAAGGUGAAGAAAGAUAGGAUUGAGAAUAACCUUUGUUGGAAAGGGUCAAAAUUCUCGAGAGCAGAGUCGUUUCAUGGGGUUCAAAAAGCUUGCACGAAUCUACAAAUACAACACAAUUAUUUGGAAGUUUAUCAAGGCGAGGUUGUCUCGAAACCAUUUCGUUAUGAAGUCUGUUCAGAUCCAACUAUGAGUGACUUCAUGCUCAUAAAGUCGCAUACUUCUUCUGCACCCACGAUAUGUAAUACGAAUGGUCCAUGUGUCCCGGAAACACGUAUAAAGUCAUCAAACUCUUCGAACAAGGAUUCAAAUGGAUUUCACGAGAUACGUGAUAACCGACAAUGGAAUUUGGAGCAAUCUUCGAUGGAAAGGUGCCCUUCUGGACAAAGUACAUUGGCUAAAAAUGAAGUGGAACGGGAACAGAGAAGGUUUCUGGAAAUACAUUCCCACGCAUUAUAGGAAGCAUAAAUUACUUCAAAGUGGAUGAAAUGAUUUUGCUUUAUUUUCAGAAUGGUGGCCAGACGUUUCCAUAGGGACUAGUUGUUCUAUGUAAUCUGUCCAAUUUUACUUUCUAUCAAUAGCGAUCUCAUUGUGUAUGAGUACGCUUCAAGCCUUCUACAUCUGUGACUGCAUGUGUUAGUUAUUAGCCAUAUUGUGCGGCUGAAUUGUCCUGUACUCAUGUAGGCAUGCCUCAUAAACAUCUAUCGUCAUAUAUGAUGAUCGAUGUAUGCAUUACAGAACCAUCCUGCGAUUCUCUGAACAUUGUAAAUGUAGAAUUAUAUGAGCAAACCCCCCCCCACCCCCCACCCCCCCCCGAGGUUCUUUAACGUGUCUUUUUGGAAAAUGCAAAACCUUGGAAGAAGAUUUAGGCAAACUUAACAAUAGCUCAAAAAUUACAAUUGUGAGUUAAAACAUGGACUCCGCACUCACUAAAGUGCUAUUUAAAGUCCAGGUCGAUUCUUUAUUUUCAAUAGUUCCGAAUUGUUUGAAUAUAGCCCAAUUGUGGCCGAUGACAAAGGCAAGGAUCAAGUGCGAUAAUAGACUAAAACAUUGCGUAUACGAAACAGGUCAUCAAAACAGAAACCAUUUUGGAAGAAACUAACCGUUGCAAGAGAAGACUAGAAUGGACUAUAGAAUGUGCUUUCUGUUUCGCACUGUAUUAGAGAAUACAUUCGUGGCUACGACUUGCUUAUGUAUUGAUAUUUUUCUUUCGCUACCUUUCUUGGGGGUUUUAACUGGUUGGUGUUCUGUCCAUUCAGCUUUUAUUGCUAUGUUAUAUUUCUGACUAUCACGAAAAUGCGGAGAGCUUUCUUCAGUGAAAAAAUACUACUUUUGGUGUUCUAAAUAAUAUAUCUUGUUGUUUACCAAGUUAUUUCAACCAAAUAAAAAAAACUGAGCUGGA